CGGGGGCCAUGACCUCGGUGUGGAAGCGCCUGCAGCGCGUGGGCAAGCGGGCCGCCAAGUUCCAGUUCGUGGCCUGUUACCACGAGCUGGUGUUGGAGUGCACCAAGAAAUGGCAGCCAGAUAAGCUGGUGGUGGUGUGGACCCGGCGGAACCGACGCAUCUGCUCCAAGGCCCACAGCUGGCAGCCGGGCAUCCAGAACCCAUACCGGGGCACCGUGGUGUGGAUGGUACCUGAGAAUGUGGACAUCUCCGUGACCCUCUACAGGGACCCCCACGUGGACCAGUAUGAGGCCAAAGAGUGGACAUUUAUUAUUGAAAAUGAGUCUAAGGGGCAGCGGAAGGUGCUGGCCACGGCCGAGGUGGACCUGGCCCGCCAUGCAGGGCCCGUGCCUGCCCAAGUCCCGCUGAGGCUGCGGCUGAAGCCGAAGUCAGUGAAGGUGGUGCAGGCUGAGCUGAGCCUCACUCUUUCCGGGGUGUUGCUGCGGGAGGGCCGUGCCACGGACGAUGACAUGCAGAGUCUUGCAAGCCUCAUGAGUGUGAAGCCUAGUGAUGUGGGCAACUUGGAUGAUUUUGCUGAGAGUGAUGAAGACGAGGCUCAUGGCCCAGGAGCCCCCGAGGCCCGGGCUCAAGUCACCCAGCCAGGCCGGGGCGGUGCCCUGAGGCCGGGGCGUUUCCCAGAUCCCUCUCGAGAGCUGAAGACGCUUUGUGAGGAGGAGGAGGAAGGUCAAGGACGACCCCAGCAGACAGUUGCCAGCCCUUCUAAUGCUGAGGAUACCAGCCCAGCCCCUGCAACACCUGCCGUGGUCAGCUCCAGCCAGUCCCUGCUGGAGUGGUGCCAGGCAGUCACCGCUGGCUACCGUGGUGUUCGCAUCACCAACUUCACCACAUCCUGGCGCAACGGCUUGGCCUUCUGUGCCAUCCUGCACCGAUUCUACCCAGACAAGAUUGAUUAUGCCUCCCUAGACCCACUCAACAUCAAGCAGAACAACAACAGCUCCUUCUCGGUGGACGAUCCGGACGCCGGAGCCGCGGGAGCUGCGGGAGCUGCGGCUGCAGAAGGCCCAGCCCCUGACCCCAGCUCUGCCCUGGGCCCACCCACAGCUGCAGCCUCUCAACAGCCCCCUGGUGGGAGUCCCCUCUCGGAGGAGCCACCCCCAAGCCCAGGGGAGGAGGCUGGGCUGCAACGGUUCCAGGACACAAGUCAGUAUGUGUGUGCAGAGCUGCAGGCCCUGGAACAGGAGCAGAGGCAGAUAGAUGGGCGGGCGUCUGAGGUGGAGACGCAGCUGAGGAGCCUUAUGGAGUCAGGUGCCAACAAGCUGCAGGAGGAGGUGCUGAUCCAGGAGUGGUUCACCCUGGUCAACAAGAAGAACGCUCUUAUCCGGAGGCAGGACCAGCUGCAGCUGCUCAUCGAGGAGCAGGACUUGGAGCGAAGGUUUGAGCUGCUGAGCCGCGAGCUGCGGGCCAUGCUGGCCAUCGAAGACUGGAAGAAAACGUCCGCACAGCAGCACCGAGAGCAGCUCCUGCUGGAGGAGCUGGUGUCGCUGGUGAACCAGCGUGACGAGCUGGUCCGGGACCUGGACCACAAGGAGCGGAUCGCCCUGGAGGAGGACGAGCGCCUGGAACGCGGCCUGGAACAGCGGCGCCGCAAGCUGAGCCGGCAGUUGAGCCGGCGGGAACGCUGCGUGCUGAGCUGAGGCCACCGGCCUGGGUGGUCCAUAAUUUCUCGCGCCCCCGGCGUCCGCCGCUGCCCUGGGCCUGCGCUGCGGAGGACCCGGCUGUCCCGGAUACCGCACGCGUGUCCGCUAGGGGCCGCCGGCGCGCUUCCCGGGACGGGGCAGGGCGGAUCCUCGACCCCACGGGCGGGGCGGCCGCCGUAUUUAUUUGUCACCGAGUGUGUGUGUGCGCUCGCGGCGGUGCGGGGUCCUCCCCGACGGCACGGCCGGGCCGGCAGCCUCGGGGAGAGGGAUGCCUGGGCACUGCCGCCCCUCGCCGGCUUGCCCUCCUGUUCUCCAGAGCAAUAAAGUUGGACGAGGCUACCCCA